GAUUUGUCAUCCUUUCCUAGCACAGCCUCUACAUCACAGGAAGACCAUGAAAGCUAUUUAGGAUCCACUUCCUCCAGGAAAUUGAGAGUUACUCUGUUAAGCAGUGAAUGGAGAUCAACAAAAGGAGGCUUGUCAACCAUCAACCGAGAACUGGCCAUUCAGUUGGCAAAACACCGCAGCGUGGAGAUCAGCGUUUAUCUCCCUCAGUGUAGUGAAGAGGAUAAACAAGUUGCUAGAGAUCACAAUGUCCGCCUGAUUAAAGCAAGAGAAAUGCCAGGUUUAGAGCCAAAUUUCUGGUUGUCUUGUUUGCCAGAAGACCAUGCUGUGGACUGUGUGAUAGGGCAUGGGGCUGUUCUUGGUCGGCAAGUGCAGUUUAUCAAGCGAACUCAUCCUUACUGCAAGUGGAUUCAGAUCGUUCAUACUUCUCCAGAAGAACUUGGAAUGUACAAAGGAUAUGAAGAGCACAUUUCCAGUGGCGAGGACAAACACCAGGUUGAGGUUGAACUCUGUAAAUUGGCUGAUCAAGUUGUAGCAGUUGGUCCCAAGCUGGUUGAAGUAUUUUCAGGUUAUCUCAGUCCUUGUGGAAAAGAUCAAGAUGUUCUCAAUUUUACUCCUGGAAUUUUCUCGGAGUUUGCAAAUGUAAACCAAGCCACUGAUGAAAGAGAGGCAUUCAAUGUUUUGGUCUUUGGACGUGGUGACAGUGAAGAUUUCAAGCUGGAGGGAUAUGACAUCGCUGCCCAAGCCAUUGCUGAGUUGAAAGACAUGACCUACAAACUUGUGUUUGUUGGAGCAACACGGGGAGAAGAGAAAGUAGCAAGAAAGUUAAUGGAGCAACUUAUUGAUCCUAGUCAACUUCAAGUGCGUCGCUUUCAUGAAAGUUGGGAGAAACUAGCUGAUUUAUUUUGCGAAGUAGAUCUUGCUGUAAUGCCAUCACGAACUGAGGGCUUUGGUCUUGCCGCCCUUGAGGCUUUAUCUGCUGGUCUGCCUGCGCUGGUCAGUGGGAACUCUGGACUUGCGGAAGCUUUGAAGAAAGUUCCACAUGGUUCAAGCUGUGUUGUGGAAUCAGGAAAUCCUAAAGACUGGGCAAAUGCAAUCAGAGCUGUCCGUCACAAAGACAAGGAAAUGCGACUUUGGGAGUUUGACGUUGUGCGUGGUGCAUAUGCAAAAAAGUACAGCUGGAAGGAACAGUGCGAUAAACUUGUUGAAAGGAUGAAAGUGAUCUCUUCACAAGGUCAGUUAAAAUAAGUACUAUUGUAUUGCGUCUUCUGUUGCAUAUAUAUUAGACUUAAAACGAAAUGUAUGCGAGCCCGCAAAUAAAACCGGCUCUCCCAUCGCUCCCUGUCACUGACGAUAUUUUGUGGAAGAGAAUGAUGAGAGGCGGCUGUAAUCGCAGGCUAAAUGUAUGCUUAUAGUUAGGAUUUAUUGCGUUUACAAAGUAAAAAGAUCCCGUGCACUCAUUAAACUUGAAAGCAUUGUUAAUAUAUGCUCAUUUCGAAGCAGAUAUUAUCACAAACAACUGCACCUAUGUUUUGGCAGAAAUAGCUUUAUUAUAUAGACACGAGUGUUCUACUGGAAAAUAUACCACUCGCAAAAUUCAUAAAAACUACAUCCGGGACCCGAUUGGUUUAUUUUCCAUAAUCUCACACGUGAGUUUAUCGAUAACGUAAUUUCGGUAAUUUCCUCUUUUAUUUUAUCGAUGUCUUUUUGUCUAUAUAAUAAAAAGAACAUUACAUGGCGGAUUGAAGAUAUGAAUUUUAUUCUCGAGUGGCAAAAACAACAUUUUACGAACAAGCGCAGCGAGUGAGUGAAAUGUUGUUUUUGUCACUCGAAAAUAAAAUUCAUAUUUUCGCGCUACCGUGUAAUAUCCUCUAUGUAUUAUUUGAACGAUAACUAAACAAGAAUAUUUCGAUAGAGUUCGGCUGGAAGUAAAACGCUGUCUGAAACAUUGGUCGUAGGUUAAGGUGCCUUGUACACGUUAAUUCCCAGUUGAAAACAAAAGCACGUUAGGUGGUAAAUGUACUGGCAAAAAUAAUUAGGUCAACACCAAAACUGAUUUCAUUUCAGACUCAUCAAAGAGACUUCAGUCUUUGGACAAAGGUAAAAGGCCGUUAUCCCCAAGAGAUACCCCAGCUUCAAAACCACCGAGACUGUUGAAAUAUGCAGGUAAACCAUGUGUUGCUGCAGUACAUCAAUCAUUAGAGUAUUCAGUCUAUACAUGUAGUGUAGAGCUGUAUUGA